AUUUAUAAUGGCUAAUCUAUGCUUGUAGUUUUUCUGUGUUCGAUGAUAUUUAUGUCAAUAGUGAAAGUCUUUAUUUUCAAGUUUAUUUUUGUGUAGAAACAAAUUAAAAUGUCUCAUAGUGAUAGCGAAAUUAGAGAUGAUGCUAGAAUGAAACCUCGAAAACACUUAAAAAUCAAUUUCAAAGCAAAAUAUAGACAUCCAUUAUCCCGAGAAAGAUUCAGAAAACUAAAAGAUCUGCUAGCUCCCAUUUUAGAAUUAAAGUUGAUACACGCUGUUAACGUAAAUAAUUUUGAAACGGUUAAAACACUCUUAGAACAGGGGGUGAGUCCGAAUAGUGCAGAUUCGGAAAAACGGAGUGCCCUACAUGUGGCGGUCAGUAGGGGUUAUGCAGAUAUCGUAGAAAUCCUACUAAAAUAUGGAGCGGAUCCGAAUAAAAGAGAUAUUAUUCAAAACACUCCACUACAUUUGGCAGCUUGUGUUCAUAAUUUGGCAAUUGUAACAAUGUUGAUAAACGCUAAUGCGGAUGUUAGUUGUUUAGAUUUACAUGGAAGAAAUCCAUUCCAAUUGGCUUCUAGUAAACUACAAAUUUUACAAAGAGGUUGGAAAGAUGGAAUUAUUGAAAUGGACAAACUUAUCAAAGAACUGAAAGAUGUAGUGGAUUUACUGAUGUCCAUGCUAAUGAGGGAUAUGACUAAACAAAUGGAAAGAAUAAAUCAUUCCGAUGUUGAUGAUUUGCAGAUGAUUAAAUUAUCAUUGAAUUCUGAUUCACUGGAAGAUAUAGAUGAACAAAUGUCUCGAUUAUUAACUGGCAUAGAAAAAUUCAAGUUAACCUGAAUUAUUUCAUAAUACAAAACUGUUUAGUGCGGUGAAAAUAAUUAUAAAAUACCCAGCUUUAUUAUUUUAUAUAAAAUAAGUUUUACCUAUACUGUACAACUGUACAAGGGACUAUCUUCUCAAAUGUAGGUGUUUGAUGAUUAUAAGUAGUUAGAUUUGUAACCAUUUUAUAGUAAAAAAAACUAUUGGUAUAAAUAAAAGUACAUAUAAAA